AAGAAGGAAAAAAAAUCAGAAAUAACAAAAAAAAGUAAGAGAGGUUCUAAUAUAACAUACUCGAUUAUGUUUUAAGAACUCGUACGUGUCGAGUGUUUGUUGGGUGAAAAAAAAAUAGAAGAACCAAAAAAAGCAUUUGUUUCUUCGACCCAAAAAAAAAACAUUUGUCGAGAGAAACUUUUUCUCUCUCGAUCUCUGACUCUCUCGAUCUCUCUCUCUCUCUCUCGGUGAUUAUCUCUCGAUCGAAGUCCAUUCUUGAUAAAAGGAAGGAUCUGGAUAUCUUACAGCUACGGAAUCAGGGGCGAUUGUGGAGAAGAAAGGGGAAGCGGAAGGGAUAUAAGCUCGGAGGCGAAUCGGAGGAGGGAUUAGGGUUUAUUCGAUGAGAUUGCAGCAAUUGGAAGCAAGGACAGUCGAGGUACAAGGAUUAAUGUGUGGGAGGGUUUGAAGAGAGAAACAUCAGGAUUCUUGGUUACAAGGAUGGUGACUGUUGAUCUUGACCACACUAGAGGUUCACGUCAGGUUCAACCAAAAGGGCACAAGCAUAUCCUGUGAGCUUCAACCACCACACAAGCGUUUCCCGUGAUGAAACAACACCUCACAAGUGUCUCCCGUGAUCAAACAGCUCUAUAGUACACCACAAGAUGUCGAAUCUUUCAUUAUAAUAUAGUACCAAUUGUUUGUUUUUUUUGUGUCAUACACCACAAGUUUGUACAAGUCCAUUUUUUGUUUUUUUCUUCCUUCUCCACAAAUUUAAUUCGAUUUCACACCACAACUUGUUGCUUGUAGAAGUCUAUAUAACAAAGAGUGUUCGUGAUCUAUCAAACACUACCAAUUCACCAAAAAAAUCAAACACUCACCAAAUAUCAAACACUCUCUAGCUUUUCUUUCACCAUUCAUCAACAAUGGCAUCUUCUUCACACAAUAAUUUUGAUGACACCAUUGAUGAAACCUUAAAUCAAGUUUGUGACCAAAUUUCCAAUCAAGUUUGGCAAUCUCUUCUCACUCCACUUGUUCAACAUCAACCACCACCCAAACCAAAGAAGAAGCGAACUUUUAUUGAAAGAAAUCGUGAAGUCGGCCAUGCCCACUUGUGGAACGAUUAUUUCAGUGAAGAUCCAACAUACCCUCCUAGAAUGUUUCGACGCAGAUUUCGAAUGAACAAGCUCUUGUUCAUGCGUAUCGUUGAAAGACUAGGAACGGAAAUUCCAUUCUUUCAACAACGAAGAGAUGCUACAGGAAGGUUGGGGCUAUCAACACUACAAAAGUGUACAGCAACAAUUCGUAUGAUGGCAUAUGGUACGACAGCUGAUGCUUGUGACGAAUACCUUCGACUUGCUGAAACCACAUCGUUCUCAUACUUGGAUUAUUUUGUUGAUGCCAUCAUAAAUUGUUUUGGAGGUGAGUACUUACGAAGACCAACACCAGAAGAUCUUCAACGUCUACUCGAUAUUGGAGAGUUCCGCGGAUUUCCGGGGAUGAUAGGAAGCAUUGAUUGUAUGCAUUGGGAGUGGAAGAAUUGUCCAACCGCAUGGAAAUGUCAAUAUACACGUGGUUCUGGCAAGCCGACAAUCGUUUUAGAAGCUGUAGCAUCACAAGAUCUCUGGAUCUGGCAUGCUUUUUCCGGACCUCCAGGUACAUUAAACGAUAUAAAUAUUCUUGAUCGUUCUCCUGUUUUUGAUGAUAUUUUAAACGGUCGAGCUCCAAAAGUUAAAUACAAUGUCAACGGACACCAGUACAAGAUGGCUUACUAUCUCAUNAAAAUGGUCUACUUUUAUCCAAUCUAUUUCACUACCGCAAACUCCAAAAGACUGUUUCUUUGCUACACAUCAAGAAGCUGCACGUAA